AUGGACGCGUUCUCAGAAGCUAAGACUGCAGGUCAACUAAUGCUGCAACGAAUCUCUCAAGAUGGCGAUACUCAAGACGAUUAUCCAACCCAAACUGAUAGUACAUUGGGUCAGACUACUGGGGAAGAAGAUGGUCAUUUUUACUACGCAAUGAAUGCAAAGGAUGGAAUCAUCAUUAGCAUCGAUUCGAAGUCUCCCAACUUCACUAAACAAUCAAAGGCAAUAGCAACAGGCGAGCCAGUAGACAACGUAUCAGCAACUACCCUCCAGACAUGGUCCGACAUAACCUAUCUCUCAUGGCAUGAAGAAUGCACUAAAACAUCCACCCCCCUCAAAAAUCUCAAACAUAUAAUCCGAUCGCACAUCACCAACUCCGAAACCCUCUCAGUAAUCACCGAGAUCCUGGAAGAAGAAAAAAUAAUCUUCCCAACCAACGGAUUGUCAGUCGAGAUCGAUGAUUCCAAAGGGUAUGGAGCUGCACUGCUGGGAACACCGAAUGGGAAGGUAUUGGAUGGUUACUUGCACAGCACAAGAAUCAGCUUGGGAAUGCGAAGAUCGUGA